AUGCUCGCACCCCAAUUAUCCACAAGUGAAGCAGUCACAUCAUCAUUUACAGACACAAACAGUUCAAAUACGGAAGUGAUAUCCUUAUGGACAGAUGAAGCAAUUGAAGAAGCCAAAACCAGACCUUCAUCCCCCUUGACUAUAAACAAUGAUAUCAAAGAUGUUAAUCCAGAAGCUGAACAAGCAAAGCUAAUUGAACUAUGCAGAGAUCUCGAUAAUUGCGAGCGCACCUCCAGAGCCAUUGUCGACUAG